AUGUCUUCCGCACCAGUCAAUUACGCUGCUGUCUUGCAUGGAUCCAAGGAUCUGCGCCUUGUACGUUUCGUCUCGUUCGACUGCUUUCGCCCGGUCGAUCUGCCCCACGUCGCCGAGGGCUCACUCCGCAUAUCGUUGUCUCACAGACCGAGCGUGAGGUCGUUGCGCCCGUUGCUGGAGAAGCACAGGUCGCCGUCAAGGCCACUGGUCUCUGUGGAUCAGGUCAGCAUAGAUGGCUAGGGCAAUGGUUCAAGCGUGGUUGAGGAUCUCGCCCGGAAGCUGAGCUUCAAUUUUUGGCACUCUCAUCGGACUUUUUCUCUCUGCACUCUUGUACAGAUAUGCACUACUACAUUCAUGGUGCCGUCGGUGACUUCAAGCUUCGGUGCGUCACUGGAACCACCUUCGGCAGAGCCUUCCAAGCCCCCCCACGUUUCGGACUUUGCGCUGACACGGUUCGACGGCCUGAUCAACUCAUCCAGUCAUCCCAUGGCGCUCGGUCACGAGUCUGCUGGUGUCGUCGUAAGUUGGUUUCAGAUUUUCGUGACAGUAAGAGACUUAAAAAGACUACUUACAGUUCCUGAAUCCUGUCCAACCUCCUUCUAGACCGCUGUCGGUGAGGGCGUAACGUCGGUGGCUGUCGGUGACCGAGUGGCGAUCGAGGCCGGUGUUUACUGCGGUCAAUGCAGGCUUUGCAAGACUGGACGAUACAACCUCUGCGGCAAGAGUGAGUCUUGUGACUAAACAUGUGCACGAAUAUCGAAGACCGAGCUGACUUCGUCCGCAAUUCUUCUCUCCAAAGUGUGCUUCAAUUCUUCCGCCAAGGUCUACCCUCACGCCGACGGAUCCCUUCAGACUUUUCUCAACCACCCUGCGAGGAACCUCCACAAGCUCCCCGAUGCGUGCUCUUACGAGGCCGCUGCCUUGGUCGAGCCUCUUUCAGUGGUUCUUCACGCCUCCCGAAGGGCCAACAUCUCCGCCGGCCAGAGCGUUCUCGUCCUCGGUGCUGGAGCCGUCGGUAUCCUCGCUCUCGCCGUCGCAAAGGCCCACGGUGCGACCCACCUUGUCGUCGUCGACAUCAACGAGGCCCGCGUUAACUUCUCCAUCCAAGAAGGAUUCGCUAACGCCGGUCACAUUUUGCCUCGAACGGCCCGACCGGAAAACUCGACGCAGUCUUUGGAACAAGCCAAGGCGAUGGCUGAUGAUGUGUUGGCAAAGUACUCGGUCCCCGAUUCGGAUGGAUUCGAUGUUGUGCUCGAAUGCACCGGUGUCGAGACGUGCAUGCAAGCCGCCAUUCACGUGAGGAUCUAGCAAGUCGUGAUGCAAGAAAAGCACAGUGCUGACCGUUGACAUUAUUUCGACCGUUCCAGGCUGCCCGACCGGGAGGCAAAGUCGUCUACAUCGGCAUGGGAACCCCCAACGCGACCCUCCCCGUUUCCGCCGCCGCCUUCCGAGAAGUCGAUCUCCUCGGCGUCUUCCGUUACGUCAAUACUUACCCCGAUGCGCUUGCGUUGUUCGGUGCGGGUCGAUUACCCGGUGUGGAGAAGCUCGUGACGACAAGACACAAGUUGAGCGAUGUAAAUCAGGCGUUCGAGGAACUCAUCAAGGGCGUUGAUAAGGGUUAGUCUGGGGACCGUGGUUGAGAGAGUAAUUAUACGAGGUGGUGACGCUGACACCACGCCUCGUUAAUGUUCCAUUCAGAUGGCAAAAUGAUCAUCAAGAUGAUGAUUGGUGACUACUGA